AUGGGACAAAGUCACCAGCAGAAUAUACUAUUUCUGUCAGCAUUAGAGAAAUCAGAGGCAAAACAAAGCGUGGUCACCGCUACCGCUCCCCUGCUACUAGACGAAUACAUACGGCGAGUCGUCGGCUCCUCUUCUUCUUCUUCUUCUUCCUCCACUUUCCCAACACGGCAUAGAUCAUCACCUGCAAUCCUCGCACGCGGCCGCACAAACCAUGUUUUGUUGUACAACGGGUGCUUCAACCCGCCGCACCGCGGACACCUCGCGCACCUGGUCCACGCGAUCCGGCACGCGGGCCCGGACCUGAAUAUUGUAGGUGCCGUGGUCCUCGUGGCGGACGACUUGUACCUUAAGUGGAAGCUUGCUGGGCAGCGCGGCGCGCUGAAUCUUAAGCUAAAGCAGCGGAUUCGGCUUUGGGAGGGAGAGCUUGAGCUGAUACCGGAGGGGGAGCGGUGCUGGGUGCUCUCGGAGACGCUGUGGCCCGGGCACGCGGAUAAACUGGAGCAGCUUUUUAAGAAAGACGGGGUUGAUGUUGAGUUUGUGAGGCUGGCUGGCGGUGAUAAGGUGCGUGUUGCGGCAGUGGAGCAUGGGGUGUGGGGGUGUCAGAGGGUGAUCACGACGGAUGUUAGUCGGCCGGUUGAUUUCUACUCUAGUAGUGUCGGCGAUGUUACUUUGCCGAUGCCGCUGAACCGUCAUGGUGAGUGGAAGAGGGUUGGAGAGAGGCAAGGGAAGGAUGGAAGUGAUGAAGGGGUUGGCAGUGAGACGCUCAUUACCGAGUCCACGGUUAUAUCAUCGUCUUCAACAACUUCGAUAUCCACCCCACAAACCAGCAGAAACAUAUGGACCUGCGAUCAUGGUCCAAGCGGCAGCUACUAUAACGUCCGGUUCAUCGCCAGCAGCCGCGACGAGCGCGUCGACCCAGACCUAAGCUCGACCAAGAUCCGCGGGAUCAUAGCUGCCAGCAAAAAGCUCGAUGUCGGCCAGCUCGAGGAGAAGUUACAAGGUAUAGCGCUUUGUCCGGGGUUGCUGGCGCUGUAUAUUAAGGAGGCUAAGUAA